CAUAAAAACCGAAAACACUCGGAACAAAAAUGGCGACUCCCGUACGUUCAGCAGUUCGCCAAGUGAAGCCUCUUUUGUCACUUGACAGUUCGGAGGCCAGACGGAGAGCACUGAAUUUAUACCGAUCAUGGUAUCGUCAAAUUCCUUACAUAGCUAUGGACUUCGAUCUUCCAUUGAACGAAAACGAUUUGAGGAAAAAAUUACGUGAUGAAUUUAUGAAGCACAGAAACGUUAAGGAUAUCAGAGUUAUCGAUAUGCUUGUGAUAAAGGGUCAAAUGGAGCUGAAGGAAACAGCAAACAUCUGGAAAAACAAAAAUCAUGUCAUGUAUUAUUUCCGCGACACAGUGGAGAAAAAACCAACCGAUUUUCUUUCCAAAUUUAUGACUGGCCACGAUUGAAAAAUCUUUCCCACAAAGUCGUUAGUAAAAAGUUAAAAAUUUACUAAAUGUAGGAAACUUUUACCCACUGAGAGUACAAGUAAAAUAAAAUAGAAGUGAGUAUGGAACAAAAAAAUUACAGGCUUGAAAUAAAAAUGUACAUAUGAAGAAAAUUUGCAAGAAAAUGGUCUAUUAUCCUAUAGAAUAAAUCUUCUCUUUUCACGAUAA